GUUCGGCGGGAAGGCUGGGAGCUGCUGUGGGCGCACGCAGGACGACUGGCGACAUUCAUUUUGCUUGCUUGUGACACAAGACACACACACAACAAACAUACGACGAUACCCGGUGCUGCCGUGCCUUUUGUCGUGUGUCUUUUGGAACCGAGCCCCAAUGUAGGGGCUUCAGUCCAGGUCCUUCCUUGCCUCUCCCCUCCCUCCUCGACCUUCCCGUCGCCUGGCCGAGUCAUCGUCAAUAAUCGAAUCGCAGAUCCCCUCAGACAGACAGACCAGCCAUGUUCGCAGCCACACGGCGGUGGUUCCGCCGCAACAGGACGCCCAUUGCCAUCGGCGUGGGUGUCCUCGGCGCCGGCUAUGUCGCCACGCAAUACGUCCUCAACAAGCUGAACGAUGCCCGCGAGCGCAUGAGCGGCGACCGCAUAGCCAAGGAGAACCUGCGCCGCCGCUUCCAACAGAACCAGGAGGACUGCACCUACACCGUGCUGGCCCUCCUCCCCACCGCCACCACGCGCAUCCUCGAGUCCAUGGACGUCGAGAAGAUCACCCUCGAGAUCCAGAAGAUGAAGGGCGGCGGCGGCGGCGCCAAGUCGGCCAAGAGCGGCAGCGGCGACUCCAUGAGCCUGCCCGAGACCACCGGCAUGACCGACGAGGACGGCCGCAGCAUCGUCUCGGCCAGCGAGAGCGGCAUCCACGCCAGCCAGAUCACCAUCCCGCCCGACGGCGAGCAGCCAGAGAAGCCCAGGAGGACGAAGCGGCAGCUGUGGGGGGACGUCACCAUCAGCUCCAUAACGAGGGCCUACACCCUCCUCUACACCCUCGGCCUCCUGACCAUGCUCACCCGCGUGCAGCUCAACCUCCUCGGCCGCCGCAGCUACCUCUCGAGCGUCGUCUCCCUCGCCACCGGCUCCGCCUCGGCCACCAUCAGCCUCGAGAACAACGACGACGACGGCGGCGGCCUCGACGAUGGCGACUCCUCCUCCGCGGCCCACGCCUACGGCGACGACUUCGAGGUCAACCGCAAGUACCUCACCUUCAGCUGGUGGCUGCUCAACAGGGGCUGGGCCGACGUCGCCGCCCGCGUCGAGGCCGCCGUGCGCCACGUCUUCGGCGCGACCAGCCCGCGCGACCAGCUGUCCCUCGACGCCUUCGCCGCCAUGACCGCCCAGGUCCGCCGCCUGGUCGAGGGCGGCGGCCCGCCCGGCUUCUCGGACCCCUCGGGGGCGGGGGCAGGGGCAGGGGCGGGGCCUGCGACAACAACAAAGUGGCUCCCCUUCCUGCUGCCGCCGCCUGACAUGGAGGAGUACGUCCUCCGGGAGUCGGGCAUCCUGGACGACAGCGCGGCGUCGGUGACGCGGGCGCGGGAGGAGGGAGAGCAGGGGGGCGUGUCAUCAUCAUCAUUACCACCACCAAGAGAACAACAAGACCAAACCCAAGACCAACCACCACAACCAUCACCACCACCAUCACCACCCUCCUCCCCCCCCUCCCCCUCCUCCGCCCCCCUCCGCCGCCUCCUAGACGAGACCUCCGACCUGAUAGAGGCCCCCGCCUUCACGCACGUCCUAACCCAGCUCCUGGACGCGGGCUUCUCGACCCUGCUGGACACGAAGCUCGCCCAGGGCGCCUUCGACGCCGCCGCCGCCGCCGACGCCGACAGCCCGCCCCCACCAUCACCACCACCACCCAACGCCAGCCCCGGAGAAACAACAUCACCACCACCACGGCGCCGCCCACAGCACAAGGUCCUCCUCCCAAAGUGCCUCUCCGUGCUGACGCGGCAGGCGCACGCCAUCGGCGCCGGGGCCGGGGGCAACGAGUACCUCCGGGCCAUGGAGGGCGUGCGGGACCUCGAGGGCUUCGCGGCGCUGGUGUACUCGAGCAACUGGGAGAGCGAGGUGCGGCCCGACGGGAUGGUCCCCGCCGCCGUGCCCGUGCCCGCGCCCCAGCCGCCGUCGUCGCAGGUGGUGCCGGGCGGGGCCGGUGUCGAGGGGAGCCUGGUGCUUGUUGAGCCCUCGCAGGGGUCCGGGUCGGGGUUUGAGAGCGCCUGGGCCAGGGCGACUGAGAAGCGGUAGGGGAGGGGGCUUCCGAGGCCGUGGGGGGUAGGAGUAGAAGUACUGUGCUGUGCUGUGUUGUGUGGUGUACUCGGAGCGAUAUGUUCUUUUUUUUCAUCCCCGGGUUGCAGUCUUUCGUAGUAGUGCUACCCAGGGGAGGACGGCUAGGGUUUUACGAGACCGGUGUUAUGGGGACGAUUGAUAUACCCCCAUUGCUGUGUAAGAGCCAGCGACCCGUAUAGACUCGUGUGUCUUGGUCCCUUUCUUUUUUUGACUUGUAUGUUCUUGUAAAAGAGAUGUAUUACGAUGCUAUGGAUGAACGCGGAUGGGAAUCUUUGGAGAGAG